UAUUGGUCAGGCGCACUAACUUGUCAUGUGCGGAGCUGAGGCAAGAUGGCGGCCUUCAAUCCAAAGUCGUUCCUUCGCAAACUACAGAACAUGUCCUCCGCACAAGAUAGCGUGCAAACUCUGUCGUUAUGGAUUAUUCAUCACAAGAGAUCAGCCAACGACAUCGUUAAAGUUUGGAUAGAUCAGCUCAAGAAAUGUAACACUGAUCGCAGACUGAUACUAUUCUAUCUAGCAAAUGACGUCCUGCAAAAUAGCCGGAAAAAGGGCAAAGAGUUUUCCUCCGCCUUUGCAAGGGUUUUACGAGAAGCUGUUCCCCUUCUGAGCGAUAAAUCCAUAAAAGAUGCAGUCAAAAGAGUUCUACAAAUCUGGCAGGAUCGGAAAGUCUUUGAAGUGGAAUUUAUUGACGAUCUGCGUGGAAAGUUGGACAAAUCUAACAGCUCUAAUCAUUCGCAACCCAGCAAGAGCGUAAGAAAAAAGGAAAAAGAGAAAGAAAAACCCAAUCUUAAGGACGUCGAGAAGCCAGCUUCCAAACCCAGCAAACCUGAGAAGAGACUACCUCCCGCCGAUUUCAAGCCAUCUAAGUUGAUUGAUGCUCUUGAUGCCAUGCGGAAGUUUGAGUCAGAAGUCACUCUGCAGGAAUCCCAAUUGAAUUCACUGAGAAUUGAUGCAUCUGACAUGGAGGCUAUCAAACAACUAAAAGAUCGAUCCACUGGAGCUCGAUUCACAGAGGAAUAUGAGAUGGCUUCUCAAAAACUUGAGAAAUUCUGUAAGACAAUUGAACAGGAGAAGGAGGAGAGGUCCCAGCUUAUCUCUGUGGUCGAGGAUGGUGGUCUGUUCUAUGACGCUGCUUAUGGAGAGGUUAAAGUCAUUGUUCAUGCCUACAAAACAUUUGGCAACAGACUCAACUCACUGAAGAAAAAACUUGAUCACAAGGUUGAUAAGCUCAUCCAAGCUGAAAACGAGAAAAAGAAGAUGGGCCCUAUAACCACUCCUCAGGCGUCUUUUCUGUCGUCUGGCCUACCUGAAAUGUCAACAGACACACCCUCCACCACCCCUCCUCAAGACACAGGGGAAGCCAAGCAGGGCAAGCCUAGUGAUCAGACAGUUGAUAAUACCGAAGUUGCUGAUAUGGAUUUAGAUGAAGACUCUGAUAGUGAAAAUGGUAAAAGCAGUGAGAGUUCUUCAACUGGCCAGAAGACCACCCCCUCCGCACAAGAUAGCCCUAUCACAGCAAUGACUACAGCCGCAACUGUAACAGCCUCUAAGUCUGCUGUGUCGAUCAGUGAAACUUCAAGCUCUUCAGUUAAAAAUACCACAAAGAGUGCUGCUACCACAACAGAUAUUGCAAGUACCUCAGCAGUGCCUAUCGUGAUUCCAGCACAAGUCCAAGGUCAAGCACCAAUGAUCCUGCAGCGCCCAACCAUGUCAUUCAUUCCUAAUCAGUCUGGAAUGCCAAUGAUGACAAUGGGUUUGCCAGGCCAAGGGGCAUACCUCCCAUUAGGUCAGUUUGGCCAGCCCAUGGUCCCUUAUGGUAUGGUUCCGGGAAUGACAAGCAUGCCGCUCAUUCCUACACAAUUACAGCCUAUGCAACCAGGAAUUAUGCCGACAGUAAUGCCCCACCAGUUGCCUUCCCAGGCUAACUCUGUUGGCUUGUCAAGUACGAAUCAGGAUGCUACAAGUUCCAGCAAAGGAAAUCCAAGCCAAGCAGCUACUUCAGGAAGCUUGAGCACAAUGUCGACAGUCACAUCACCUGGAACAGCGCCUCUUGCGCAGCAAGUAGCAACUACUGCAUCAGCUUCAACCACCACAACAAAAUCAUUAUCUGCCCCACGCAUGUCUACUACUAAGCUUCCAAGUGUGGAAUGUGCGUCACCAAGCUCCGAGCUGUCUGCACCUUCGCCUACAGGGUCCCCUGAGCUUGCCCUGGGUGGGGAUGAGACACCUGAGACUGCUUCUCCUAGAGAAGCGCUUGACAUGAAAAUCAUAGAGUUUCCUUCAGCUACUAGUUACAUGCAGAAAGCAGGAGAAAGCGACCCACAAUCACCCUCUGGUGGAACAGGUAGUGCCCCACAGUCAUCAGAUAUGUCCAAAACAGUCAGUGCGUCAGACAUCCUAGCAAAGCUGCUAAACAGGGGCAAAAGUGACCAGGGGGAUGCUUCUGGUACCUCAACACCGAUAGAAGAACCGCACCCUCCACAAGAAAAUACAGGAAGGCCUUUAAAGAAUCUGAUAGACUCGUUAUUUCCUAAACUUGCUACAUCUCUUAAUAUGAUCAAGACUAAAGAAAACGAGGCAUCGACUUCAACAUCUGAAGAGGGGUCUCCUGAGGCCAAGAUAGAGUUGAACCCUGAGGAUGACGAUGAUUCAGAGGCUGAUAGACCUAAAGAGGAUCACUUAAAUCCACACUUCCAUUCGCCAGGUUUUCGACACAUGGGCCUUGAAGGCGUCAGACCACAGUGGCACAAUGGAAGUCACUCUGCCAGGUUAGGGGACCCACGCCCAGAGUGGCAAGGAAGAGAACCUCCAUCCCCUGGGUUAGCAGGUCCAAGGCAUCAAUUUCCUGGCCCUCAAGGAUUCAACACACCUCCUAAGGGCAUCUUGAAGCCAUUGCGACACCCGGGGCUACCUGGAAUGCCACAAAGUGUACCCUACCAAGAGAGGGAACUGAUGUCUCCAAUAGAGUUUCCACCUAAUUCAAGAGAGGGUCACUCGCCUAGGGGUCUUCCACCAGAAGAGUUUCACAGCGAGCAGCGACGACCAUCAUUUGGAUCAGAUCAUUCAGGACCAUCUACUGGAAGACAACCUAGUGAUGGGCAAAUAAGCCCUUACAUGAAUAGAGGGCCAUCAUUUGCCAAUCGUCCCCCAGGACCUGAAGGAUACAGAAGACCUUCUCACGAGGGAGCAUCCAGAGAGGAGAGACCCCCUGGAAUUCCGUACCCUGAUAACCCUAGACUAGGAGAGAGACCGCCCAUUGAUGUGAGAAGGCAAGAGCCAGGGAGGGAAUAUUAUGAUCAAAAACCUGGUCCCCCUGGUCGACCACCUUUUGAGCCCGAUAGACUCCAACAUGAGGCUAGAAUACCACCUCAUGACCAAGGUAGACCCCCAUAUGAGCCAGGAAGGCCUCCGCAUGAGCCAGGAAGACCUCCACACGAGCCAGGAAGACCUCCGCAUGAGCCAGGAAGACCUCCACACGAGCCAGGAAGACCUCCACACGAACCAGGAAGACCUCCACAUGAGCCAGGAAGACCUCCACAUGAGCCAGGAAGACCUCCAUAUGAACCAGGAAGACCUCCACAUGAGCCAGGAAGACCUCCACAUGAGCUAGGAAGACCUCCACACGAACCAGGCAGACCUCGACAUGAACCAGGAAGACCUCCACAUGAGCCAGGAAGACCUCCACAUGAGCCAGGAAGACUUCCACAUGAACCAGGAAGACCUCCAUAUGAACAACGAAGACCUCCGCAUGAAAAAAGUUGGCAAGCCUUUGAACAUCAAAGAAUUUCUCACGAACACGGAGGACCCCUUUUUGAGCCAGGAAGACCACCUCACGAACCAGGAAGACCCUCUUUUGACCAAAGAAGGCCACCUUAUGACCAAGGCAGGCCAAGUAUGCCCCCUGGUCCAAGGCAUGAUCAAUCUAGACCACCACUUGAUGAAGGCAGACCCUCACUUGAUCCAGGGCGACCUGGUCCUGGCCGAGGGAGAGGCUACCCUCCAGGAGAUCGCUCUCCUAGAGGAGUUCCCAUUUCUCCUGGGUUUGAUAGGCGGGAAGAAUUCUGGCGGGAGCGUCCAGGCCCUCCUGAAAAUCGUCCGUACCAUGAUAAUGGGCCGAACACGUGGACGGAAAAUGAACGAUUUAGAAACCCUGAAUGGGAGAGACAUUCUAAUACGGGAAUACGGCCCCAAUUAGGCCCUGAAGGAAAUUUUCCCAGUAAGAGACCAGGUCCACCAUUCCAGCAUGCAGGGCCUCCAAAACGACCGUAUUUUUAAUGUCCAGGACACUUCAAGCUUUUUAGAGACAAGUUUAUACUUUUCAAAACAAAAAAACCCUGAUUACCUUUUUACAUAUAUAUAUGAAUCACACUAUUGUUUUUAUGUUUAUUAUCUGUACAAUUUAACUGACACGUUGUUAAUUAUACUAGACAUCAUGUCUUCAAA